GGGAAUCGAGCACCCGAAUUAUUAUUAAAAGAAAGGAGAUAUGAUACAGCUAUUGAUAUGUGGACAAUUGGAUGUGUAUUAGGAAGAUCUGAUCAAGAUCAAUUGGAUCUCAUAUUUAAAUUAUGUGGAACUCCCACCAAAAAAGAUUGA